UGGAACUUCUGGUUUUUCUUUUCUGCUCGCCGGCCCUCCUUUGCCUCAUCCAAUGUUCCCACUCCAGCUGAUAACAACAACCUCUACCUCUCGGCGGCUUUCUCUCUUUGCCUCUCAUCCACUCUCUGGCUAAUAAACGAGCAAACAAAAAAUAGAAAAGAAUAUUUUAUAAAUAUGCUAACAUCGCGGAUCGGAGCUGAGUGGUUAGUCAUUCUGAUUCUAGCGAUGGCAGCGAGCGGUUCUAAGCUGGAAAGUGCAACGUGUCCGGUGGCUAAGGGAUCCGCCUGCGGCGGAGCACCAGCUCCUCCUGACCAAGCCCGCUACGACAACUACCGCAUCUACAAUGUGGAGUUCGAGAACGAGGAGCAGAUCGCGCUUUUCCAAAAGCUGGAGGAGCAGAGCGACAGCCUUACCUUCAUCGGCCAUGCCCGCGAGAUUGGCCAGAAACUGUCCAUUUUGGUGGCGGCGCAUCGCGUGGCAGACAUUGCCGAUCUGCUCAAGACCUACAACGUGAAACAUAGAAUUCUGACCUACAACUUCCAGGAGAAGAUCGACCGCAACCUGGGCGAAGUUCAGCCAGAGAGCAUUGAUGCCGCGCAGUUUGACUGGCAGCACUUCUUCCAUCUGAAGACCAUAUACGAGUGGCUGGACAAGAUGGCGGAGAAGUACCCGGACCGGGUGACCGUCCUAAACAUGGGAACUAGUACUCAGGGCAACGCCAUCAAGGGCGUCAAGCUGUCCAGUAGUCCCAAUAACAAGGCCAUCUUUAUUGAAAGUGGCAUUCAUGCCAGGGAGUGGAUUGCUCCGGCAGCUGCCACGUACAUCAUCAACCAGCUACUCACCUCGGAGGAUCCGAAGGUGAAGAAACUGGCCCAGAACUUCAACUGGAUCGUCUUCCCUUGCGUCAAUCCCGAUGGUUACAAGUACACCUUCGAGCACGAUCGGAUGUGGCGGAAGAAUCGUCAGCUGUUUGGCACCUGCCGCGGGGUGGAUCUAAACAGGAACUAUCCGGACCACUGGAACUCCACAGGGUCUAGCAGCGAUCCCACGCGCUACGACUUCGCUGGUCCCUCCGCGGGCAGCGAACUGGAGACCCAGCGAGUGAUCGAGUUCAUACGCUCGAACGUAAAAAAGGAGCAGAUCAAGACCUACAUUGCUUUGCACUCAUAUUCCCAGAUGCUCAUGUUCCCAUAUGGCUACACGAAGGAUCGGGUGUCCAACUACGACGACCUGCAGGAGUUCGGCAAGAAGGCAUCGGCUGCGAUCAAGGCGGAGAGCGGUAGGGAUUACGUGAGUGGCAGCCUGUACGAAACCAUUUAUCCGUCGAGCGGCGGCAGUAUGGAUUGGGCGCACGCCGAGGCAGGAAUACCGAUUGCCUAUACCUUCGAACUGCGGGGACCUCCGGAUAGCCAGGAUCUUUUCAUCCUGCCCGCCGUGGAGAUCCAGCCCACGUCCAGCGAGGCCUUUACCGCCAUUAGCACCAUCGUAGAGGCUGCGGCCGAGAAGGGCUACUACAAGUAAAACAGCUCUGAUUCCGGGAAGUCAACAUUACUUACGUUCAACGAUCUAGGCAAACUUCAAGUGCAUUUUUUAUCGGCAACGCGAUAUUAUCUUUAUCUAUAUAAAAAUAAACUUAUAUACAAUAAGCUUUUAAGUGUAACCACAAAGGCACUUAACGAUAAGAA